AUGUUGAUACUACUUUUCUUCCUGUUGUCACCAGCGGUUGCAGUAGCCGAACGUUGUCACCCGGACGAUAAAGCAGCAAUUCUUAAAUUCAAAAACAGCUUUUCAAAUGGGCCUCAGCUCUUGCCAAUGUGGACGUCAGAUCGUGACUGUUGUGACAUAUUUGAUUGUGAUGAGACGACAAAUCGCAUUAUAGACUUCUCCCUCACCAACUCCAACCUUGCAGGCACAAUACCCGAUGUCAUCGGUGAUUUGACAUAUCUGAAGACACUUCGCUUGCACAAGAUGCCAUUUCUUGUAGGCGAAAUUCCCCGAGGUGUGACAAGAUUGAAAUACGUCACAUUUUUUGAUAUAAGUUGGACUAACGUCUCAGGCCACGUCCCUUCAUUUCUUGAAGAGCUCAAAAGUGUCAUGAUUCUUGAUCUUUCAUUUAACAAUUUAUCAGGUCCAAUUCCAUCCUCUCUAGCUACUUUGCCAAAUAUGAUUGGGCUAGACAUUAGUCGAAAUCAACUCACGGGGUCAAUCCCCGAGUCAUUCGGUCAUCUUGUCUCUCCAGCCUUGCAAGGCCUAAGUUUAUCUCAUAACAUGCUCUCUGGUGAGAUCCCUACAUCGAUUGGGAAAAUGAAUAUCUAUCAGAUUGAUCUAUCGAGAAACAACUUAUCAGGAGAUGCCUCGAUGUUGUUUGGUGCAAUAAAGAGUACUAGUGUAAUUGACAUUUCACGAAACAAUUUUGAGUUUGAUUUCUCGCGAGUGAGUUUCAUGGAGGAGACUUUGGUAACAUUGGAUAUAUCACAUAACAAGAUAUAUGGGAAGAUACCGACUCAAAUACUUAAAGCGUUCAUGUUACAGUUUUUAAAUGUAAGUUACAACAGAUUAUGUGGAGAGAUUCCUUCGCCGUGGAAACUAAGGUAUCGAUCUGAAGGGUUUGAUAACACUUCAUUCAUACACGAUCAAUGUUUGUGUGGAUCGCCCCUUGCACAAUGUAAAUGA